AUGGUCCACACACUAGUCAUUAAUAGCAGCGCUCAAUCAAUUGCUUACGCCGAGCUGAUUGCUGCCAGGCUUGUCAAUGAGAAGCAAUCUGGAUCGAUUAACAUUGAAUUUGUUGAAGAUAAGAAAGCCCCAGCAGCGACACUGAAUGGCAAAGCUGAGAACGUUUUCGAAGAAAUUAUCGCUGAAGACAAGGAAUUGAGCUCUGCUUCAUCCGCAGUGCUUGCCGAGUGGUCGAAAUUGGCUUCAGAAGAGCUCACCGUUAAAAACUUUCAAAAACUUUCUUUGUCUCUGGGAAAGCUGGAUGCACGUCUCAAUCUUAGAACUUUCAUCCUUGGUGGAACCAAAUUUUCUGCCGCUGAUGUUACUUGUUGGGGUGCUUUGAGAUCCAAUGGUAUGGUCAGAUCCAUCAUCAACAACAAGGUGUACCUCAACGUUUCGCGUUGGUACACCCUACUAGAAUUUGUUCCUGCUUUUGGUGGUGCCCACGACUUUUUAUCCAAAUCUGUCCAAGAAGUUAAGAAGGCCGGGUCUGCUAACAAGAAGAAGGAAACGCACAAGGCUAACUUCGAAAUUGAUCUUCCUGACGCCAGAAUUGGGGAGGUUGUCACUCGUUUCCCACCAGAGCCUUCAGGAUACCUCCACAUCGGACACGCUAAAGCUGCGCUUCUGAACCAGUAUUUCGCAAAGGAGUACAAGGGUAAGCUCAUCAUUAGAUUUGACGAUACCAACCCAUCUAAGGAAAAGGAAGAGUUUCAGGAUUCGAUACUGGAGGACCUGGAACUUCUGGGUAUCAAAGGUGACAAAAUCACUUACUCAUCGGACUACUUUCAAGAAAUGUACGACUUGUGUGUCCAAAUGAUCAAAGAAGGUAAAGCUUACUGUGAUGACACACCCACUGAAAGAAUGAGAGAGGAGCGUAUGGACGGAGUUGCUUCAUGCAGAAGAGACAGAAGCGUUGAGGAAAACUUGAAGAUUUUCACGGAGGCAAUGACAAAUGGUACCGAGGAAGGUUUGAAGAACUGUGUUCGUGCUAAGAUAGACUACCAAGCUUUGAACAAAGCUCUAAGAGACCCGGUGAUCUACAGGUGCAACUUGACUCCUCAUCACCGAACUGGCUCUACCUGGAAGGUUUAUCCAACGUAUGAUUUCUGUGUUCCGAUUGUGGAUGCUCUAGAGGGAGUUACUCACGCCUUACGGACCAUCGAAUACAGAGACCGUAACCCACAGUACGAUUGGAUGCUACAAGCCCUUGGAUUAAGAAAGGUUCAUAUCUGGGAUUUUGCUCGUGUGAAUUUUGUGAGGACUCUCUUGUCUAAAAGGAAGCUACAAUGGAUGGUUGACAAGGAUGUUGUAUCAAACUGGGACGAUCCUAGAUUCCCUACCGUUAGAGGUGUUAGAAGAAGAGGUAUGACGGUUGAAGGUCUAAGAAAUUUUGUCUUGUCUCAAGGACCUUCAAGAAACGUUAUCAACCUCGAAUGGAACUUGAUCUGGGCUUUCAACAAGAAGGUCAUCGAUCCUGUUGCCCCGAGACAUACUGCCAUUGUCAAACCCGUCAAAUUCUUCCUUGAGGGCGCUCCGUCUUCUCCUGUUGUUGAAUUGAAACCAAAGCACAAGAAAAACCCUGCUGUUGGUGAAAAGAAGGUGAUUUACUAUGAAAAGGUUUUGAUUGAUCAGGAUGAUGCUGAUCUGAUAACCGAAGGCGAGGAAGUGACCUUCAUGGAUUGGGGUAACGUUAUCGUUACUAAGAAGAAUAAGGACGGCUCUUUCACAGGUAAAUUACACCUAGAAGGUGAUUUUAAGAAAACCAAGUUAAAGCUCACGUGGCUUGCUGACACUGACGACAAGGUUGAUGCCGAACUCGUCGACUUUGACCAUUUGAUUACGAAGGACAAGCUUGAGGAGGGUGAGGACUUCCAAGAUUUCUUGACUCCUCAGACCGAAUUCCACACUGCUGCCGUGGCCGAUUUGAACGUCAAGGACAUGAAGGUGGGCGACAUUAUUCAAUUCGAGAGAAAGGGCUACUACAGACUUGAUUCAACUCCUGAGGCUGGAAAGCCGUAUGUUUUCUUCUCCAUCCCAGAUGGAAAAUCAGUGAGUAAGUACGGUGCAAAGAAAUAA